GGAAGCACGCACCUUUGCUGCUUGCCACUCAAAGAAAGUUCUCUCGCAACGUGUUGCUCUGCGCUCUCUCGCGCAUGCUGCUUUCUCCCGCGUUGUUGUCACUCAAACUGUUGCUGCAAUCGACGGCGCGGUGUUGACGACGCGCUCUGUUUUCAGUCCGCGGCCGAAUCGCGUAACGGAACGUUGUUUCUCGUCUGUGGAGUUGGAGUUUGAAGUCGGAGUUGUAGAAGCUUCAGGUGAAUUGCGUGGAGUAGCAGGUUGUUGCUGAAAAAGCGGGUUGCGAAUUUUUGUGUGGACGUGUUGAUCAAGUGUUGAUGCAGAUAUCUGGUUCAAGGUUUCCCAUAGUAGUAAAUCGGUGACCACUAAACAGUGUACAAAACGAUGCGCGUUUUGUGACGGUUCGAUGCACUUGGGGUUCGCGCGGUAAAUCACGACGACGGAUGAUCAUGAAGAUUGAUGAGUUGCUGCGGCGUUGAGCGAAGAUCCGUAGAGUGGUGGUUUCAGUGUGGUCAUACGGCACCGUAAUUGAAUUAAGAAAAAAAGAGGAGCGUUUUCAUAAAUUCCAGCCGUGCUUAUUAGUGCAAGGAAAACGGAUUUUUCGUGCCCGUCAGAGCCACCUUUCGACGGAGAGGGAAGCGGCGUUUGAAGUGGUGAUCUUGAAGACGAGAGAUCCAGAGGUGGAUAUCAUUUGAAGUGCUCGCGCAUAGACACCACAUGGUCCCCUUUCCCAAGUGGAAGACCCAGAAAACGGCGGAUCGGUGGUCGCUCGAGAAGGUGUUUCUAUGUCGACUCUCCCGCGAUCUUCGGGAGUACAUAGCACCUUGCCAGCAGCAGUAACAACAACAACAGUUAAUUCAUAAAGUGGAAGAUUAUUAGUUUUACUUAUGUACACGAUCGUGCUCGGAUGGUCCAUAAAAGAAUCGUGAAGAAAUAGCCAAGAGUGGUGAAGACAAGAAGAAAUUCGAAAAAAAAGAGUUCGUUACAACUCCCGACCGAGUCGUAAACAAGUUUAUUAAAACUAAAUUAUUUAUUCGGAAAGCAAAGCAUUUCCCAACCCCGCGUUGGGACUGAUCGGACUACACACUGGCUGCCACUACCAUCCACCGGACCUCGAUCAUUUCGGCGACAGUGGAUCGUCACUCAAGUGACAUAUCAUACUGCUCGUACCAGAUGGCACCCAGUGCCGGGAAAAGCCCUCCCGGGGGGACACAGAUUGGACCGCCCGACGUGAACGAGAUGACCCUCGGCUGGAACUCGAACAUAAAGCAAGAAAACCAGCGCCCGCCCGUCUUCAACCCGGAGGACUACGUCAUUUCGUUGAAAAAGUACGGCCGCCGGGGUACCAACGGUAACUUCAAAUCCAUCUACGACACCUCCCCGGGCGAUGAGGGGGCGACGGCCAAGGGGGACAAACAGCAGCAACUGCACCAUCAGCAGCAGCACCUCAUGGACACCGCCAGCCGGUCGCACACGUUGCCCCACAAGAACUCAGAGUAUCGCUCCCCCAUCCAGGCACCCCCGGAAAUGGACUGCGAGAUGUCCCUGCGUCAGUUUGGCUCGGUGACCGAUUUACUCACGAAGCUGAGGGCCGAUCUGCGGGCAUCGUUUCCUAGCUUCGUCCAAGAGUUCGUCUCCAGCCCGCUGGAUGGCGUCAGCCUGCUGCUCGAGGUUCUGCGCUCGGUACAGCUGAGCCAGAGCAUGCCGAUGAACGGAACCACCACGAUGCCGGCGCCCGGAGCGAUGCCGCGGCCAAACCAGUCCUACCAGCGGCGGGCCCUGCUGGACGAGCUGGCGUGCUUACAAUGCCUAAGCAUCUGCUGCACGAGAAGUCCCGAGGCUGGUGCCCGGCUGGGCACGACUCCGAUUGGGUUGCUUCCGUUGGCGGCCGCUGCCACGGGCACGGGGAUCCGUUCGCGAGUGGUCGCGCUGCAGCUGCUGACGAUCGCGUGCGACAAAUCUGCGCUGGGGGAUGGGACGCAGCGCAGUCAACAGCAAGGUCAUACGGCGGUUUCGGAAGCGUUGUCGACGCUGCGGUUGAGAUGUGCCGAACCGGUGCGGUUCCGACUGCUGGUCGGGAUGUUGAACAGCGGGGGUGGUUCUGGGGAGCUGCAGGCGGUUGGGAUGAAGUUCAUCAACACGUUCUUGGAGAGCGCCGAGAGCGUACAGGUUCGGUUGUAUCUGCAGGCGGAACUGUUUCAAGCCGGGUUGGAUCCGGCUCAGAUGUGCAAAAUAAUUUCGUCUACUUCCCCCUGGUUGGAGCGACUUCGCAUCGAGGUCAAGCGAUGGGACGCCAUCCGGAUAGAUAUUGAGCAGCUGCAGAACCAGGCGCGAUCUGCCGAGCAGGUUCGCAGUCGGCUGGUGAUCCUCGAGCGUCGAGUACAAAUCUUGCACGAAGAAAAGACGGUGUUGACCACGAUGGAGAGAAGAUUGCAGGAACGGUGUGCCGAGCUGCAGCGUGAAGUUCUGAGACUCAAGGGCAAUCACAGCAUGGACGGUUCUAACAGCAACAGUCUGGAGAAGAGACCAGUGGCACUGCCAAGACAGGUUCCACCUCAAGCCAAACGGAACACUUCCGAGAACGAUGACGAAGGUAUCAGCAGCUCGGAAACCGGACAGUCCUCCACUCCGGAACCUCCACGAGUGUUCCCAGCCAAGGAAGGAUCUUCUUCAAACUCCCACAAGUUCAGCAUCUCUCUGAACCAGGACAACGCCGGAACGUCACACGAACUGAACAACAACGAUGACGACACGAACGCCACCAUCGAGGACGUCAUCGAAGAGCUGCAGAACAUCGUCAACGACGCGGAGCGCGAAAUCUCCGACCAAAACGAAGUCCUCUACCAUCAAGACCUCCCCGAGAAGACGCUCUACAGCCUGGAAAUCAACACCGAGAACGAAAUCGUACCUGUCAACCUGCUACCUCAUCCACCCCGCAAGUCCCGCUCGCUGGCCCACCUCAUCUCAACGCCCUCGGACGGUGACGGCUCCGGCUACGAUCUGCUCCUCGUCAACGGAGACAGCAAGCUGGACUUUUUCGAAGACGGUCAACCGGACAAGCUCCCCAAAAAGCCAACCUACCCGGACAGCGCCUUCUACGCCCCCGAAGAGCCACCCCACGAAUCAACCCGUCCCGACGUGGUCCACACGGCCACAGAAUCCGCGGCGAUGCACCGAAGUCGCGCCACCACCGCCGCCUCAAAAGACUCCAACCGAGCCAUCCUGAACGUCAUCAUGGACGCCCGCGACAAGGAAUCCCGCAUGAUGCGAGCCCAAUCGCUCGAACGCGAAGUCCCCGUCCCCGGACCACCCCCACCCCAGCAGUUCAACGGCGUCUUUUUCAUGACCGACAUGAACAGCGCCGGCAAGUACCCCAAACCGGACAUCACCGCCGCCCUCGAGGCGAAAAAGGUCACCAAGAACCUCGACCGCAUGGGCGCGUACGGCGUAGACUCGAUGAUCGACAUCGUAACCACCAACGAGCAGCGAAUCAACGGCAAGACCACCGCCUUCCAGAAGGCACGGCCCACCACGACAAACGCCGCCGCCGGCACCGGAAACAUCAACUUCAAGCUGCGCUCGUCCAACGGCACCCAAUUGCACUACCCAGGCAACGGACAGCUGCUGCGGGAAAAUAGCCGAAGCCAGACGAACCUCGGUGGCUCGAAAGUGACCGAUCUGCCUUCGGGGUUGUACUAAGAGAUAAGAAAACAAGCGAUAUUUUUAAAAACUUCUGUGCAAUAUUUAUUCUUUUACCUUGUAGAUUCUAAAACGCGUACUUUUAAGACACCUUUCCUUUGAAUCAACUCAUUCGGUUUGUAAAAAGUUUGCUAAAUAUUCGAUAUUCGACGGUGAUGGUACUCUCUCCUUCUCCCCCUGUGCACACGGUCUGUGUCUUUGUUUCAGUUUUUUUUUCGAGAUUUUCGAUUAGGGACAUAAUUUCAGUUAGAAGACGAAACAUGAAGGUGUGACGUUCACGGCGAUUCAAGAUUUACAAAA